GAGGAGCGGGAGGGGAGGGAAGGGAAAGGGAGGGAAAAGGGAAGGAAGGAGGGAGCGAAGGGCCGCGAUGCCGCUGUACGAGGGGCUCGGCAGCGGCGGGGAGAAAACCGCCGUGGUGAUCGACCUGGGACAGGCCUUCACCAAGUGUGGCUUUGCAGGAGAAACAGGACCAAGAUGCAUCAUCCCCAGUGAGAUAAAGAAACCUGAUGUCUCAAAGCCUGUCAGGGUGGUUCAGUACAACAUUAACACCGAAGAGCUGUAUUCCUACCUGAAGGAAUUUAUCCACAUGCUGUAUUUCAGGCACCUGCUGGUGAAUCCCCGAGACCGUCGCGUUGUGAUCAUAGAAUCGGUCCUGUGCCCUUCCCACUUCAGAGACACCCUCACAAGGGUCCUGUUCAAGCAUUUUGAGGUCCCUUCUGUUUUGUUUGCUCCAAGUCACCUGAUGUCUCUCCUGACCCUUGGGAUCAAUUCUGCCAUGGUGCUGGACUGUGGAUAUGCAGAAAGCUUGGUGCUGCCUAUCUAUGAAGGAAUUCCGAUCCUGAGCUGCUGGGGUUCCCUGCCCCUGGGAGGAAGGGCCAUCCACAAUACAGAGAACCAGGCUGAGUUCUUGGCUGUCUUUAACUACCUUUUCCGUACGUGCUUUGUGAGUGAUCUCCAGCGUGGGCUGAAGAUCCAGGCAGCCAAGUUCAACAUUGAUGGCAGUGCUGAGCGUCCUUCACCGCCUCCAGACGUGGACUAUCCUUUGGAUGGAGAAAAGAUUCUCCAUGUGGUUGGCCCCAUCAGAGACUCCGUGGUGGAAAUACUGUUUGAACAGGAUAAUGAAGAGACAUCUGUUGCCACUUUGAUCUUGGAUUCCCUCGUUCAGUGCCCCAUAGACACCAGGAAGCAGCUGGCAGAGAACCUGGUGGUGAUCGGGGGCACCGCGAUGCUCCCGGGAUUCCUCCACAGGCUCAUGGCAGAGAUCAGGUACCUGGUGGAGAAACCCAAGUACAAGGAAGCCCUGGCCACCAAAACCUUCAGGAUUCACACCCCACCUGCCAAACCCAACUGUGUGGCCUGGCUGGGAGGAGCCAUUUUUGGAGCACUCCAGGACAUACUCGGGAGCCGAUCCGUGUCCAAGGAAUAUUACAGCCAGACAGGCCGCAUUCCCGACUGGUGCUGCCUGAACAAUCCUCCUCUGGAAAUGAUGUUUGAUGUUGGAAAAGCACCCCCACCAUUGAUGAAAAGGGCUUUUUCUACAGAGAAAUAAGCACCUACGCGUUACACAAGGAUUCUGCACCGUUUCAGAUACAUGUGCAUUGGGUUUCGUUUUUUAUGAAGUACUUUGUGUGUAACACUAUUAAAUAUCAACAACCUGGAUGUUUUCAGGGAGUGUAGGCACUAACAUUAUUUAAAAACAUGUCCAGUUAUAGUUUAAAAACUUCACUCUGGCAACUCCUGUGCUCUUUUGUCUUGUUCUGAAGAAAUUCUGCACUGUCAUGAGUUGUACCCUCCUGAUUUGUUUGUUAUUUAUCUGUAUAGUAAAUGGCACUGCUGAAAGA